UUUCACUUUCAUCUUCUCACGGUCGCUGACGAAACACACGCACUUAUUCCAGGCUUUCUCAGCUAUAUCUUCCGACUCAAGUCACACCAACUCUAUUCCCACACAGCCCAUCAUGGAUCCGGCCACCCCUCAAUCUCCCAUCACUAUCAUAAUCGACAGCCUGCGCGGCCAAAACAUCGCCUUCGCAACCGCGAAAGAUGCCCCACUCUCCUCCAUCUAUGACACUCUCUCUAUUCGCGCACCGUGGAUCUACAACUCACCCUACAUCCUCACCACCAACGCCCGGCGCAAAGUCCAACAUUCCACCUCCCCGGUCUCCUCGCUACUCACCUCUCCCACCGAUACAUUCCUCUCGCUCCGCCUGACCGUUCCCCUAUGCGGUGGCAAGGGAGGUUUUGGGUCUAUUCUCCGCGCCCAGGGCGGGCGCAUGUCGAGUCGCAAAAAGCGGCAGAACGGCGAUGCAAAUGCGUCUUCGCGGAAUCUAGAUGGGCGCCGAUUGCGGACUGUUGCUGAGGCGAAGGCGCUUGCGGAGUAUAUGGCUGCGAAGCCGGAAUUGGAGAGGAGAGAGAAAGAGGCGCGGAGGAAAAAGCUGGAAGAUACCAUUGCCAGUCUUGAAAGGAGAGAAGAGGAGCUGCGAGCUGGUAGGGGUACGAGAUUGGAUGGGAAGUGGGUGGAGGAUAAGGAGGAGACGGAGAGUAAGACGAGGGAUGCCGUGUUGGCGGCGUUGAAGUUGGAGAGGAGCAGUUCUGAGGAGGAUGAAGAGGAGGUGGGGAAGAGCACGCCGGCACCGAAGGCAGCUGCCCCUAAGACGAUGUUCGGGUGGGAGGACGAGGAUGAAGAGUUCAUGAGUGACAGUGAGGAGGAUGAGGAGGUGUCUGAGGAGGACGUAAAGGCCCAGUACGAGGGCAAAGGCAAGGCCAAGGCCGCCUGAAUAAAUGUGUUUCUUGAGCGCGAUGUAUCAUGGGAAUUGGGCUGGGAAUAUACAUGGGAAGGCGUAACAGCAAUGCGGCGCACACAUCCCAGGCCCCGGUGUUGAGCUGGUCAGUUUCACGACCUAGAUAUAU